CCGCUAACAGCCGCCGUGCGCCAUUGAUUGCCGCGCCGAUCUGCUUUAUUUCCCCGUUCGUAGCCGGCGUCCGGCCGAGAUCCAGAAAAAGUUUUCGGUUGUUGAAUUCACCAGCUAGCCGCAGAUCGAUCCAUUCGAGAAAGCUUCCCAAUUCAUUUCACCGUACGUACUGUACGCGGCAUCCCGUGUCACUUCUCGGUUGGCCACGUUCUUCUAUUAAUUAACGCGCGGCAAAGGUGUUGUCUAUCAUAUCUUGAUCAACCCAGCAAUGGCGGCGCUGAUUCGCUGCGCCGCAUUGGUGAUUUUGGUGGGGUUGGCGGAGGGGCUCGGGGUGAACUGGGGCACGAUGGCGACGCGGCGGCUUCCGCCCAAGACGAUGGCGCGGCUGCUCCGGGACAACGGCUUCAGCAAGGUGAAGAUCUUCGACGCGGACGAGAGCACCAUGUCGGGCCUCGCCGGCACCGGCAUCGAGGCCAUGAUCGCCGUGCCCAACGACUUGCUCGCCGCCGUCAGCGACUUCGACGGCGCCCGUAAGUGGGUCCGCGCCAACGUCACCAAGUACGCCUUCCGCGGCGGCGUCAACAUCAAAUUCGUGGCGGUUGGCAACGAGCCGUUCCUGAAGGCGUACAACGGCACGUACGACAACGUGACGGUGCCGGCGCUGAAGAACAUCCAGCGCGCGCUGAACGAGGCCGGGCACGGGGCGUCCGUGAAGGCCACGGUGCCCGUGAACGCGGACGUCUACGACUCGCCGCCGGACAACCCGGUGCCGUCCGCGGGCGCGUUCCGGGCCGACAUCGCGGGCGUCAUGGCCGACAUGGUAGCCUUCCUCAACCACAGCGGCGCGCCCUUCAGCGUCAACAUCUACCCCUUCCUCAGCCUCUACGGCAACGACGACUUCCCCCUCGACUACGCCUUCUUCGACCCCGGCAACGGCACGGGGCCGGCCCCCAACCCCGUGGUGGACGCCGCCAACGGGAUCAACUACACCAACGUGUUCGACGCCAACUUCGACACGCUGGUGUCGGCGCUGAAGCGGAUCGGGUUCGGAGACCUGCCGGUCGUGAUCGGCGAGGUCGGCUGGCCCACGGACGGCGACAAGCACGCCACGGUGCCCUACGCGGAGCGCUUCUACGCGGGCCUUCUCAAGCGGAUCGCGUCGGGCCGGGGCACGCCGCUCCGGCCCAAGGCCCGGAUCGAGGUGUACCUCUUCGGGCUCAUGGAUGAGGACGCCAAGAGCGUGGCCCCGGGCAACUUCGAGCGCCACUGGGGCAUCUUCACCUUCGACGGCCGGCCCAAGUUCCCGCUGGACUUGGGCCUCCACGGCGGCACGCCCGCCAUGCCGAAGCCGGCGCGGGGCGUGCACUACCUGCCCCGGCGGUGGUGCGUGCUCAACACUAAUUCCACCAAUGUUAGCAACGAGACGGCGCUCGCGGACAACGUGGGCUAUGCGUGCUCCCGCGCCGACUGCACGGCGCUUGGGUUCGGCUGCAGCUGCGGCACGCUGGAUGCUGCCGGGAACGCGUCCUAUGCGUUUAAUGUUUACUACCAGGCGCAGGGGCAGGUGGACUCGGCGUGCGACUUCCAGGGGCUUGCUGUGGUCACUCACGAGGACGCGUCGCGGGGCGCCUGCAACUUCACCGUGCAGGUUGCCGGCGAGUCGUUGGGGACGACAGCCGUGAACGCAACGUCGGCCGCGCCCCCGGUGGCGGCGUGGGAGUGGGUCGCCGGCGUACUGGCCGCGCUGCUUCUGCUGGUCUCAGAUUAAGGCGAGGAGGAAGAAGGGUCAUCUACUCUUUAGGUCUGUAUGUACGUAGAUACGUGGCAGUCUUGGAAAUGUUGUACUACGUCGUCUAUUGCUUUUUCUGCUCAGCUACCAAUACCAUUACAUUACAUACAUCAGAGUAUAGCUUCUUCAUAAGUCAGUCAGAGUCUAGAGAGACAGAGAAAUGGACAUCAGUCUAACUGCAACCAGAAACCACUACCAGUGCGUUCAUACGGCAUCGACGUUCAACUGUUCAUGCUGGUAUUUGUUCCGAAAUAAACAAGUUUUCAGA